AUUUGCCAGCGCCAGUCACGUUCCGAACUCGACCGUCGACUGCCGCCGAGUGCCGCCAUCUUAGCAGACGCUACAGCAAUGCUAUAAUCGACUUACGAAUUACGAUACGCUGUUAAUUUAUUGUGGCUGUGUUUAAUCGAUUAACAAAUAGCAAGUUAAUAUUACAAGAUGAUGCUGGUUCUGUGCUCGCUAAUAGUCGCAGCAUCGGCAACUGACCUUCCACCGUCGUGUAUCAAACCAGUCUACUGUGACAGUAAACUCCUGCAUCAUGUCCAGACAAACAAAAUUUUUAAUGAUUCGAAGAUAUUUGUCGACUUGCAAAUGUUUACCGAAGAAAACACAACGCUAUCAGACUUCCAGAAACUUCUAGAUGACUCAAAUAAUGAUCCUUCGAAAGAACAAAUUCAAGACUUUGUUAAAAACUAUUUCACUCAGACAAGUGAAUUGGAUAAAUGGACUCCCACAGAUUACAGUGCUAAUCCACCAGUUCUUGAUCGUAUAAAGGAUGAAAAUCUUAAAGAGUUUGCUAGAAAAAUAAAUGACAUUUGGCCGGUAUUGGGUAGAAAGGUGAAAAGAGAUGUAUUCGAAAAUCCUGACCGCUAUAGCUUCAUCCCUGUUAGCCAUGGCUUCAUUAUACCAGGCGGACGUUUUACGGAACUUUAUUACUGGGACACCUAUUGGAUUAUUGAGGGGCUGCUUGUCUGUGGAAUGCAGGAUACUGUUAAGGGUGUGAUUCAAAACUUAAUAGAGUUAUUGGUAAAAUUAGGGCACAUACCGAAUGGCAGUCGCUGGUAUUACCAAGAGCGGAGCCAACCGCCUCUUUUAUCAGCUAUGAUGGCACUUUAUAUCCGCGAAACCAACGAUAUUGAAUUUCUUGAGGAGAAUAUUGAUGCUUUAGAAUCCGAAUUAGAAUACUGGUUAGAUACUCAAAUGAUAACAUUUGAUAAAGGUGAUAGAACUUACUCGUUACUUAGAUACUAUGCACCUAGCCAGGGCCCUAGGCCGGAGUCCUACGUCGAAGAUUACAACGGUGCACAAAGAUUCAAUACAGAAGAAAGACAAAGCCAGUUUUACAUUGAUGUUAAGAGUGCCGCUGAAAGUGGAUGGGAUUUCUCUACGCGUUGGUUCAUUAGCGAAGAUGGAAGUAACAAAGGAAAUCUAUCAGAUAUACACUCAACCGAUAUUGUUCCUGUAGAUUUGAAUGCAAUAUUUGCCGCCGCUUUACAAAAUAUGGCAAACUUUCAAGCAUUAGUGCAAAAUAGCCAUAAAGUAAGAGCCUCACUCCACUGGGCUUAUCUCGCUAAACAGUGGCGGGAUACUAUUAGGGACGUAUUCUGGAAUGAAGAUGAAGGCAUUUGGCUCGAUUGGAAUCUAGCGCAAGGAGCACAUCGCAAAUAUUUCUAUCCAAGUAACGCUGCCCCAUUAUGGACCGGGGCUGUUGAUAAAACAUUCAUUAAAGUUAAAGGUCCCAAAAUAUUACAAUAUCUUAAACAAUCACAUGGGCUUGAUUUCCCUGGUGGUGUCCCUACUUCCUUAGAAAGAAGUGGUGAACAAUGGGAUUACCCUAACGCAUGGCCCCCACUAGUCAGUUUGAUCGUCAACGCUUUGGAAGCUUUAGAGUUGAACGAAGCCAAGGAUUUGGCUUUCCAAGUUGCACAAAACUGGGUUAGGUCUUGUCAUAAAGGCUUUUCAGAAACCAAGCAAUUGUUUGAAAAGUACGAUGUUGAGUCUCCAGGCAAAAUAGGCGGUGGUGGUGAAUAUGUUGUGCAGACUGGCUUCGGAUGGUCCAACGGCGUUGUGUUGGAGUUCCUUGAGAAAUAUGGAUCCAAGAUAUCAGCUUCUGACGAUGGAGGCUUAAAAUCGAAUGAGCUGCUGGUCGCAGCUUCAUCUCCUAAUAGCAAUAAUUUGGCGGUUUUAGCUGACAACAGUGAAGCUGCUUCAAAUGAAUCAAAAUCAGAGCCAGAGAGUAGAGAAACAGCAAAGGAUAAAUAAUAAUAUACCUACCUAAUAUUUGAAAAAAAAUCUGAUGUCAUCGAAUGACAGAAACUAAAAUGUAAUACAGCUUAAGCGGUUAUCAUAAAUUACGUGAGGUAAUUUUAGCAAACAUUCUCCAACCUUUGGUGAGAAUUUGUGACAUUUUCCUCGAACCACUCUCCCCUUCAAAUCAAAUUUAGUUUGUCUUAGCUUGAUUUCCUUGAAUUUAUAUGAAAUUGUGAUAUUUUAAGACUAAUAAUUAAGACACCCACUCUAUUUUUAUUUUAUUUAACCCCAUUUUGACCAGUUUCUUGCGGAAAAAAUAUUUAAUGGUAUUUGGCGAGAUCCCCGUCCCUUUCUCCCAGAGGGAAAGACUCCAUGUGAGAUUGCGUGCAAUCCGGCUAGACCUCUUAGUUCCUCUAAACACCUCACGUAAUUUAUGCUCGUCCCCUUACCAGAAACAGUAGAAUAAAAUAAUUCGCUACCAAGUAUGACUUUCGAUAUAUAAAUUAUGUAUUAAAAUGUUUUCGCGUGAAGCGAAUAACAUUCCAUUACCAUAUAUUAACAUAACAUUUUAGAAUAUGAAAGAGAUCAUAUCUUACAAUAAAAGCUAAUAUGCUUGGUAUUACUUUUAAAUAAUAUUAUCGUUUAUUAUAAUUUAUGUAAAUUUUAUUGUGUGCCAUUUAUAUUUUUAAAUUGUUGGAACUAAUUUCUUUAUUUUGUUAUAUUCAAUGUUACCACUAUUUAAAUAAGCAGUCCUAACUUAACAUUAUAUAAGAUUAAAGUACAAUUUUAUAUAAUUUCAUAUAUAUUGUAUUAAAAGGCAUUUACUUAUUACUGUUAUUAAAUGUUACUUACCUACUGAGUAAGUUUUACGUGUACGGUGUUAUGUUAUAGGUAGGUUUUAAUGUAUAAUUUUAUCUAUUAAUAUAUGAAUUUAUAUUUUGUAUGACUUUUUAAAUUCAUUAUUGAUGUCAAUUAAUCUCUUAAAUAAGUAGUAUAUAUUAUAAUACAAUCACAACAUUUUUGACACUGAGUACCUACUUACAAUGAAACUUAAAUAGAGUUUAAAACUGUCGACAUCUUUAGUUAUAAUUUUCAUAAUAAUUUAAUAAAUACUAUAUUUUCAUAAUAAUUAACAUCAUACUUUCACUGUUAAAAAUUAUGAGAUUUCUAGCUGAGCCGUUCUGUACCUCAUAAGCGACCGGGCGUAUCCCAAAUUUAGAACGCGAGUAGAACUCUUAACCGUAAUCAUAAAAAAAAUACAUAAUUCACGUAAAAAAAAUAAUUUUUCAUAAUAUCAUUUCGGAACACCUGUAAGUAUUCUAGUAGCCGCGCGCUUGCGUACCUAGACACUGACACCUACUUCGUGCCAUCAUGUGCAACCACGGGCAAUCAUAUUUAGAACUAUAAUAUCAUUGACCACGGGAUGAUUUAAAUUUUGUUUCCUAAAUAUAUAAUUUGUUUGACAAUUUCAAAAUGACAAUUAUUUAUUUUAGUUUUUAGAUUUAUUUUAUGGUUACGAUUAAGUAGCUAUUCGUCCACGUAUCUGAAGACGUAGUGUUGGAAUGCCCCCACAAAAUGGACCGACGCGACGAUCCAGGCAAAAUCGACAUAAUUGGUUGCAUGAUCGUCAUGGCGAUCUUUGAGGGAGGCGUUUGUCUAGCUGUGGACGUCUUCCGGCUGAAAUCUAAAUGUAAACUUGAAAAUUUCAGUUUUCUAAAAUCACCCGGACAAAAUCUAUAAGAGUUCAAAAAUACAACGAAACCCUUCUAAAAUAGGUUCAACGCUUGUCUUGGUGGACUGUCAUGAGAUGCCAAAGUUGUCGUCAAGUAUCAAACUUAAUAAAUUUUGACAUAUAGUUUAACAUAUUAUAUUUGACAUUUCACAUAAUUUCUUUAAUUGUUUGUUUGGCAUUGAAGACCCAAUAUUAGUUAUGUUGAAAUAUAAAAAGAACAAAAUAGAAGGUUUUCAUAUAAGCUUAUAUAGAUAUAUAUGCGCGUUACUUAAAUGCGUUUUGUAUAUAUUUUUUGUAAAAUAAUUUCUUUUAUAUAUAUAUAUUUAAAUAUAGAUCAUUAAGAUAUUAUAAUCUUGUGUUCAAUAAUAAGGCAUCUCACUGGAGUCUAAACACUGUAGUAUUAUAAAAAAAUUAAAGUUACAUUUUUACUUUUAUUCGUGUUAACUAAAAUACAAAUAUAAUAUAAAUUUCAUUUUCGAAAUUAAUUUUUUUGUAAUUCAAUUGUGAAAAAGUAAUUGUGUUUAAUUCAAAACUGUUUAAACAAAUACAACAGAUGUUUUGUUCAAUUAUGAUAUUUAAUAUUCGCCAAUAGUUAAUUGUAUGUUUUAUAAAUUCUAAUCCAUUGUGUUACCAUUUGUAUUGAAAUAAAGGCUGUGUUAAUCA